AAGAUCCGUUAGUAGAUCCGAAGCAGACUUUACUUAGCUUUACAUCACACGUGCGAGUUUUUCCUUUUUUGUCCGUGAGCCUCAGCCCCUCUCCACUUUUCCUUUUAUUUUCUUCAAUUUGCUUCCCUCCACUUUACUCCAUUGUGUAUACCCACCCCUCUCUCCUUUUAUUCUCUCUCGAAGUAUCACUCUCGAUAUUACACACGUAGGGAGAGAGAGAUUUACACUUGGAGAGAGAGAUUUACACUUAAACAAAUGCAACAAAAUCAUUUCACAUCAAGCAUCAUUUCUUAUUGAGCUUCAUUUGGCUGUUGCUGGGAAAUGGAGUCUUGCGAUUGUUUUGAGACUCACUGGCCUCCAGAUGACCUUCUAGUGAAAUAUCAGUAUAUUUCAGACUUCUUUAUUUCCUUUGCAUAUUUUUCUAUCCCCUUGGAGCUCAUUUACUUCGUCCAGAAAGCAGCAUUCUUUCCUUAUAGAUGGGUUCUAGUGCUGUUUGGUGCAUUCAUUGUUUUGUGUGGAGCAACCCAUUUUAUAAGUUUGUGGACAUAUUCAGUGCAUUCUAAAACUGUAGUAAUAGUGAUGACUGUUGCAAAAAUGUCCACCGCUUUUGUGUCGUGUGUAACAGCUUUAACUCUUGUGCACAUUAUUCCUGAUUUGUUGAGUGUCAAAAAGCGUGAAAUGUUUUUGAGGAAGAAGGCUGAAGCGCUUGACUGGGAGAGGGGCCUAAUCAUUAAGCAAGAAGAAACUGGAAGACAUGUCAGAAUGCUAACUCAUGAGAUCAGAAGCACUCUUGACAGAAACACUAUACUAAAGACCACCCUUGUCGAGCUGGGUAGGACUCUAGAUCUUGAGGAAUGUGCACUGUGGAUGCCAUCACAAAGGGGUUCCAGUUUACAACUUUCUUACUCUCUUAACAAUCUGAUUCCCUUUGGCUCAACUCUACCAAUUAAUCUUCCUAUAGUAAAUGAAGUUUUCAAUAGUGCUGAUGCAAUACGAAUCCCACAUACAUGCCCACUGGUGGGAAUUAAAACACAUGUCGGAACAUAUGUUCCUCCUGAGGUUGUUGCUGUUCGUGUACCUCUUUUACAUCUUUCAGAUUUUGAAGUAAAUGAGUGGCCAGAAAUUCCUGCAAAACGUUAUGCUGUGAUGGUCUUGAUUCUUCCUCUGAAUGGAGUAAGAAAGUGGCGUGACCAUGAAUUGGAACUGGUUGAAGUAGUCGCUGAUCAGGUCGCUGUCGCUCUUUCACAUGCUGCAAUUCUGGAAGAAUCUAUGCGGGCACGUGAUCAGCUCAUGGAGCAGAAUGUUGCUCUGGAUUUAGCACGACAAGAGGCAGAGAUGGCUAUUCGUGCUCGCAAUGAUUUUCUAGCCGUGAUGAACCAUGAGAUGGGGACACCUAUGCAUGCAGUUAUCACCUUAUCUUCACUUCUACUAGAAACAGAAUUAACCCCAGAUCAGAGAAUGAUGAUAGAGACCGUACUUAAGAGUGGGAAUCUUCUGGCAGCACUCAUAAAUGAUGUUCUAGAUCUUUCUAGACUUGAAGAUGGUAGCCUAGAAUUAGAUAAUAAAAUCUUUAACCUUCAUGACGUAUUUAGAGAGAGCAUGAACCUUAUAAAUCCUGUUGCCUCUGUAAAGAACUUGUCAACAAACUUGACACUGGGUAUUGAUCUACCGGUCCAUGCUGUUGGUGAUGGUAAAUGGCUUAUGCAAACUAUUUUAAAUGUUGUGGGAAAUGCUGUAAAGUUCACAAAGGAAGGUUAUAUUUCAGUGGAAGCUUCAGUAGCAAAACCAGAGUAUUAUAAAUACUUGGGGAAUCCGGAAUUCGUUCCCAUGUCAAGUGAUAAUCACUUCUAUUUACUAGUGCAGGUGAAGGAUUCUGGUUGUGGAAUUAGUCCUCAAGAUCUUCCACUUCUUUUCACCAAAUUUUUAGAGUCUGGAAAUGCCUCUUCUCGAAGCAAUUCUGGCACUGGACUUGGACUUGCCAUUUGCAGAAGGUUCUUGAAUCUCAUGGGAGGUCAUAUUUGGAUCGAGAGUGAGGGCCCAGGCAAAGGCAGCAAAGUUGCAUUUAUCGUGAGACUUGGACUAUGUAACAACGCAAGUGAGCCAACAAUACAACAAACAGUGAUGCAAGGGAGAGCUCACAGAGGUAGCGGCGAUCUCAUUGGACACAGACUUUUUUCAAGAGACGAUUAUAUAGCUACUUACAUUCCACGUAAUCAGAGAAGUUUUUAGUCGCAACUGGUGCUCCGAGGAAAAAGAUUAUGUAGGUUUAAGUUUUCAGGCUCACUUUUCUCUAUUAGGUAACGAUUAUUAUUGGAUUUAGCAGUCAUGCUGUUGUUCUAAGGUCGCGGGUUAUUACAACUUCAAAUCACUGACUAAAUUGUACAAUAAUAUGCAGUGUACCCUGCGGAGACACUUUCACCAGUUCUGGUUUUACACCAAUUAGUUUGGAUUUGCUUCAUUUGAUUUC